UGGCACGAUACACUUCCCCGAGGUUGUGUUUCCUUUUUCCUGAGAUCUGGCUAAGGGUAAAGGGUCAGAGUCACAUGGAUUGAAAGCAUUUGAUUGAUGUCCAAGUCACCGCUGUGGCUGCCGGAGCCGCCUCCCCUUGGGCUGGGGCCGCGUGAGGCCGGAGUGGCGGGUCGGGCCAGGAUCCCGCUCUCCCAGGAGUGUCCUGCCCAGAGUCCCACGCCUCCCGCGCGCGUGCCGCAGCCCGAGCAGCCUCCUCUGCCCACGCCCCGGCCUCGGGCCAGCAUGUGAAGCUGCUCCGUCCCGCUCAGACUCCGAGGAAGCGGCAACUUUGAGGGCGACAGAGGCGGCGGCAGGCGCGGGGCAGAGCACUUGCCACCAGCCCCGCGCCCGGCCGGCCACCAUGAGCGACGAGAGCGCCAAGGACGCCGACAAGCAGCUUCGUCUGCGCGUGUGCGUGCUCAGUGAGCUGCAGAAGACCGAGCGCGACUACGUGGGGACGCUGGAGUUCCUGGUGUCGGCCUUCUUGCAUCGAAUGAACCAGUGUGCGGCAGCAAAAGUUGACAAAAAUGUGACGGAGGAAACAGUGAAGAUGUUGUUCUCCAAUAUUGAGGAGAUCCUUGCCGUCCAUAAGGAAUUCCUGAAAGUUGUGGAAGAGUGCUUACACCCCGAACCCAAUGCCCAGCAGGAAGUGGGAACCUGCUUUCUUCACUUUAAAGACAAGUUUCGUAUCUACGAUGAAUAUUGCAGCAACCAUGAAAAGGCACAGAAAUUGCUUCUUGAACUGAACAAAAUAAGAACAAUCCGAACAUUUCUUUUAAACUGCAUGCUGCUUGGAGGACGGAAGAACACAGAUGUUCCACUGGAGGGGUACUUAGUGACACCAAUACAAAGGAUAUGCAAGUACCCUCUCCUUUUGAAGGAAUUACUGAAGCGGACUCCCCGGAAACACAGUGACUACGCAGCGGUGAUGGAAGCCCUCCAAGCCAUGAAAGCUGUCGUUGUCUGUUCCAACAUAAACGAGGCCAAGAGACAGAUGGAAAAACUGGAAGUUUUGGAAGAGUGGCAGUCACACAUUGAAGGCUGGGAGGGAUCCAGCAUUACCGACACCUGCACGGAGAUGCUUAUGUGUGGAGUCUUGAUGAAAAUUUCUUCUGGAAACAUUCAAGAGCGGGUGUUUUUUCUUUUUGAUAAUCUGUUGGUGUACUGCAAAAGGAAACACAGACGGCUGAAGAACAGCAAGGCAUCCACAGAUGGACAUCGGUAUAUUUUUCGAGGUCGGAUCAACACUGAGGUGAUGGAAGUGGAAAAUGUGGAUGAUGGCACAGCCGAUUUUCACAGCAGUGGGCACAUUGUUGUCAAUGGUUGGAAGAUACACAACACAGCAAAAAAUAAAUGGUUUGUAUGCAUGGCGAAAAGCCCUGAAGAAAAGCAUGAAUGGUUUGAAGCUAUUUUGAAAGAAAGAGAACGUCGGAAAGGCCUAAAAUUAGGAAUGGAGCAAGACACUUGGGUAAUGAUCUCUGAGCAGGGUGAGAAAUUGUAUAAAAUGAUGUGCCAGCAGGGAAAUCUGAUCAAAGACAGGAAAAGGAAACUGACUACGUUCCCUAAGUGCUUCCUUGGAAGUGAAUUUGUUUCAUGGCUGCUGGAAAUUGGGGAGAUUCACAGGCCUGAAGAAGGCGUUCACCUGGGACAAGCGUUGUUAGAGAAUGGGAUCAUUCACCAUGUUACCGACAAGCAUCAGUUCAAGCCAGAGCAGACACUGUACCGAUUCCGCUAUGAUGAUGGCACAUUUUACCCGAGAAGUGAGAUGCAGGAUGUGAUUUCGAAGGGUGUAAGACUGUAUUGUCGACUUCAUAGCCUGUUUACUCCAGUGGUCAGAGAUAAAGAUUACCAUUUAAGGACCUACAAAUCUGUGGUCAUGGCCAACAAAUUGAUAGACUGGUUGAUUGCACAGGGUGAUUGCCGUACAAGGGAAGAGGCAAUGAUAUUUGCUGUUGGGCUCUGCGACAAUGGAUUUAUGCAUCAUGUCCUUGAAAAAAGUGAAUUCAAAGAUGAGCCUUUACUUUUCCGCUUUUUUGCCGAUGAGGAAAUGGAAGGCUCGAAUAUGAAACACAGGCUUAUGAAACAUGACUUGAAGGUUGUGGAGAAUGUCAUCGCUAAGUCACUGUUGAUCAAAUCCAAUGAAGGCAGCUAUGGCUUUGGGCUGGAGGACAGAAAUAAAGUUCCAAUAAUAAAGUUAGUGGAAAAGGGAUCUAAUGCAGAGAUGGCUGGCAUGGAAGUUGGGAAGAAGAUUUUUGCUAUUAAUGGUGACCUGGUUUUUCUGAGACCUUUCUCUGAAGUCGAUUGCUUGCUGAAGUCAUGCUUAAACAGCAAAAAGCCUCUGCGAGUCCUCGUGAGCACAAAGCCAAGGGAGACAGUGAAAAUCCCAGAUUCUGCUGACGGGCUGGGUUUCCAGAUCAGAGGUUUUGGCCCAUCGGUUGUGCACGCGGUGGGAAGAGGUACUGUGGCUGCAGCAGCAGGCCUUCACCCAGGACAGUGUAUUAUCAAAGUAAAUGGAAUCAAUGUCAGCAAAGAGACACAUGCCAGUGUCAUCGCACAUGUUACAGCCUGCCGGAAAUACAGGCGGCCAAUGAAGCAAGAUUCCAUACAGUGGGUUUACGAUAGUCUUGAAAGUGCUCAUGAAGACCUCCAGAAGUGCUCCUCAAAGCCCACUGGAGAUGAUGCAGAGGAUGCUUUUGACUGCAAAGUAGAAGAGGUCAUUGACAAGUUCAGCACCAUGGCCAUUAUGGACGGCAAGAAGGAGCAUGUUAGUCUGACAGUGGACAAUGUCCACCUCGAGUACGGGGUUGUCUACGAAUACGACAGCACAGCAGGCACAAAGUGCAACGUUGUGGAGAAGAUGGUGGAGCCCAAAGGGUUCUUCAGCCUCACUGCCAAGAUUCUGGAAGCCCUAGCAAAAAGUGAUGAUCAUUUUGUACAAAACUGCACCAGCCUUAAUUCUUUGAAUGAAGUGAUACCCACUGACCUUCAGAAUAAAUUCAGCACCGUGUGCAGUGAAAGAAUUGGACAUGUACACCGCAGAAUAUCCAGUUAUAGAAAGUUCUCUCGGGUGCUGAAAAACAGAGCCUGGCCCACCUUUAAGCAGGCCAAAUCUAAGAUCUCCCCACUACACAGCAGUGAUUUUUGCCCGACCAACUGCCAUGUCAAUGUGAUGGAAGUUUCUUAUCCUAAAACAUCAACUUCCCUGGGGAGUGCCUUCGGUGUUCAGCUGGAUAGUAGGAAACAUAGUUCUCAUGACAGAGAAAAUAAAUCUUCAGAGCCAGGGAAAAUGAGCCCCAUGGUCUAUAUUCAACACACAAUCACAACCAUGGCAGCCCCUUCAGGGUUGUCUCUGGGACACAAAGAUGGCCAUGGACUCCGAUAUUUAUUGAAAGAAGAAGACUUAGAAACCCAAGACAUCUAUCAGAAACUCCUCGGCAAACUGCAGACUGCACUCAGGGAGGUGGAGAUGUGUGUUUGUCAAAUAGAUGACCUUCUGUCUUCCAUAACAUAUUCUCCUAAGUUGGAGCGUAAGACAGCAGAGUGUGUGCUACCAGCUGACAGUGACAAUGAGAAGGGGGAAAGAAAUAGCAAACGUGUCUGCUUUAACGUAGCAGGAGAAGAACAAGAGGAUUCAGGUCACGACACCGUAAGCAACAGAGACUCUUACAGUGAUUGCAAUAGCAACAGAAAUUCCAUUGCCUCCUUCACGAGUAUCUGCAGCAGCCAGUGCAGUUCCUACUUCCACAGUGAUGAGAUGGACUCAGGUGAUGAGCUCCCUAUCAGCAUCCGGAUAUCUCAUGAUAAACAGGAUAAGAUACACGCGUGCCUGGAGCAGCUUUUCAGUCAGAUGGAUUCCAUAACCAACCUCUUGAAAGGGCAAGCUGUUGUAAGGGCCUUUGACCAAACCAAGUAUUUCACACCAGGUCGAGGAUUACAAGAAUUUCAACAGGAAAUGGAGACAAAGCUGAGUUGCCCGAAAAGAUUGAGGCUUCAUCUCAAGCAGGAUCCUUGGAAUCUUCCCAGCAGCGUCCGGGCUCUUGCACAGAAUAUUAGAAAAUUUGUGGAAGAGGUAAAGUGUCGGGUAAUACUGGCUCUCCUUGAAUACACAGAUAGUGAAAUCCAGCUCCGAAGAGACAUGGUUUUCUGCCAAAGUCUUGUGGCCACCAUCUGCGCCUUCUCUGAGCAGCUCAUGGCUGCCUUAAACCAGAUGUUUGAUAACAGCAAGGAAAACGAGAUGGAGACUUGGGAAGCCAGCAGACGGUGGCUGGACCAGAUCGCAAAUGCCGGUGUUCUUUUUCACUUCCAGUCACUUCUGUCACCAAAUUUGAAAGAUGAACAAGCCAUGCUAGAGGAUACACUGGUUGCUCUAUUUGAUUUGGAAAAAGUUUCCUUUUUCUUCAAACCAGCAGAAGAGGAGCCACUGGUUGCAAAUGUCCCUCUUACGUACCAAGUGGAAGGAAGCCGGCAGGCCCUCAAAGUUUACUUCUACAUGGGUAGUUACCAUUUUGAGCAACUGCCUCAACGGUUGAAGAAUGGAGGAGGCUUUAAAGUUCAUCCCGUUCUCUUUACACAAGCCUUGGAGAGCAUGGAAGGAUAUUCCUAUAGAGACAACGUGUCUGUGGAAGAGUUUCAAGCCCAGAUAAACACAGCCUCCCUGGAAAAGGUCAGACAGUACAAUCAGAAGCUCAGGGCAUUCUACUUGGACAAGUCAAAUUCACCACCAAAUGCCACAUCCAAAGCUGCCUACAUAGAUAAGCUUAUGAGGCCUCUCAAUGCUUUAGAUGAACUUUACCGGCUGGUCACCUCGUUCAUCAGAUCCAAACGCAUCGCUGCCUGUGUGAACACACCUUGCAGCGCCUCUGGAGUUGGACUGCUGUCAGUUUCCUCGGAGCUGUGUGACAGGCUUGGGGCCUGUCAUAUCAUCAUGUGCAGCAGCGGUGUGCACCGGUGUACCCUGAGUGUGACACUGGAGCAGGCCAUCAUUCUAGCCAGAAGCCAUGGGCUGCCUCCUCGAUACAUUAUGCAGGCCACUGAUGUGAUGAGGAAGCAGGGUGCAAGAGUUCAGAACACAGCUAAGAACUUGGGGGUUAGAGAUCGGACUCCUCAGUCAGCUCCGAGGCUGUACAAGCUGUGUGAGCCACCACCCCCAGCUGGAGAAGAAUAAGCAUUCCCAAGAGCCAGGCAGGCAGAUGCUUCCAAAUGCUGACCAAGUCAACAUUCUCCACUGAAGAUAAAGAGAUGCAUAUUUAAGAUAUAAAGUCUUACCCCUGGUGUAAAUAACUGAUGUUUGGUUUCCUGUUGGAUAUUUAUGUUGGAACCAGCAGUUCAUUCCAACAGUUGAGUCUCACAUUCUAUAUAUUGACAUUACAGAUUCAUAUUAGGGCAAACCUCACUGCUGAAAUUUAUAGGAAAAUAUGCAUGAAGGAUUAUUGAUAAAGAAUUAACUAUUUUGGUUCCUUUCUCAUUCAUUAAUUACAUUGUAUUGUUUUAACUUCCCCACUGGGCACAUGUAAUACUUGGUAGUUUUUCUUGAUGAAGUAUGUCACUGAAAAUGAUGGCCACACUCUGGAAGACAUCAUACAGAAAUGUUAUGGAUAGUGGCGAUUGGGAGGCACAGGUUUCCACAUCCCUCCUGUACCACACAGAAAUGUGUGAGUGCAAAAUAGGAAAGGACACACCUCCGCUUCUUCUAAGGCUUCUUGGAAGUGAAGAGAGUUGCAAGGUCCUGACAAGACUUCUUCACUGUCGUCACAGAUGCUCUCUGCAUGUGUAGACAUGCCAGCAUGCAGAUGCUCUGCUUAAUCUCUGCACUGAGCCAUGAACAGUGGGUGAUGUACCAUUGAUGUCUGUGAGUGGGGAGUUGCCAGGGUUGGGAAGUGAGAGGAGUGAGUGAGAAAGAAAAAAAGCCUAUUUGAAAACUCAACCUUGAACUAAGAGAGUCUUCCUGUGAGAUGUCAGACCCUUAAAAUAAUACACCAUCAUGAGUAUUUUUCUAUAAAGUUAUAUGUAUAAGAUGUGAAAAUAGAUUUGUAUGUUGUACCUUAAGGGCCUUUAGGGAAGCACCUUGACAGUUUAUGCAAACAAGGUAUAGACUGUAUUCAUCCUAAAGUAUAUGCAAUGUUUAUCACUUCCGUUUGCUAUAAUAAUAUUGUUUUUAGCACUGUGAAUAGAUUAAUAUGGCUUUAAAUAUAUAAUUUUAAAAAUAAUUAAACAUGCUCACUGUGA